AUGAUUCGUCCAAGUCUCGGAGUCAGAUGGGGAGCUAUUCGCGCCUACUCAAAGCUCACUGCCGAGCAUUACAAUGUUGCCAGGGGCUCAUACGGAUCUAUUGAACAGUCUGAUUUGGAUUUCUUCAAAAGCAUCGUGCCAAAUGGUGUUGUUACCGAUGCCUCAGAUCUCGAGAUGUUUAAUGAGGAUUGGAUGCACAAAUAUCGCGGUCAGUCCAAGGUUAUGUUAAAGCCGCAGAACACCGAGCAGGUGAGCAAGAUUAUGGCCCAUUGCAAUGCCAGGAAGCUUGCUGUCGUUCCUCAAGGUGGUAACACUGGCCUGGUGGGUGGCUCUGUUCCGGUGUUUGACGAGAUCAUUCUCUCAUUGGCCAAUAUGAACAAAAUCCGCCAUUUCGACCCUGUGUCGGGAGUGUUGACCGCCGACGCUGGUGUCAUCCUCCAAAAUGCCGAUGACUAUCUGCGCACUCAGGGUUUCAUUUUCCCCCUAGACCUUGGUGCAAAGGGGUCCUGCCAAAUCGGUGGUAACCUUGCCACGAACGCCGGUGGAUUGCGCUUAUUGAGAUACGGAUCUCUGCAUGGAACCGUGCUGGGUGUUGAGGGCGUUUUCGCCACAGGUGAGGUCUUUGAUGGCCUUAGUUCUCUUCGUAAGGACAACACUGGCUACGACCUCAAGCAGCUUUUUAUUGGCAGUGAAGGCACUCUCGGUGUUAUCACUGGGUUAUCUAUUAUUUGCCCUCCCAAGCCCAAUGCGGUCAAUGUCGCGUUCCUCGGUUUGGAGUCGUUCGACAAAGUCCAAGAGGCGUUCGUCAAGUCUCGCAGUCACUUGGCGGAGAUUUUAAGUUCAUUCGAGUGCAUGGAUGCUUCAUCUCUCAAGCUGGCCAGCCAUCAUUGCUCUUUGCAGGCUCCAUUGUCUGAUGUCCACCCCUUUUCGGUACUCAUUGAGACUUCUGGCUCAAACAGUGCCCACGACGAGGAGAAGCUCAGCGGCUUCCUUGAGGCAUUGAUGGAAGAAGGUAUCAUCACCGACGGUGUGCUUGCCCAAGAUGAGACCCAGAUUGCCAACUUGUGGUACUGGCGUGAGUUCAUCCCCGAAGCUUCUACAAAAGCUGGCGGUGUUUACAAGUACGAUGUUUCGUUGCCAUUGCCUGCAAUGUGGGAGCUGGUUGAUGCUACCAAUGACCGUUUGAUUAAGCAAAAUUUGGUUGGAUCCACCGACGAAUUCCCUGUUGUCGACACUAUUGGUUAUGGUCAUAUUGGCGAUAGCAAUUUGCAUUUGAACGUGGCUGUCCGCAGGUACGACGACCGGGUCGAACAGGCUCUUGAGCCUUUUGUGUUUGAAUUUGUUGCCAAACACAAGGGCUCGGUGAGUGCUGAGCACGGAUUGGGAUUCCAAAAGGCCCACGCCCUGCACUACUCGAAAUCAGAGCACAUGAUUGGGCUCAUGAAAGCGUUGAAGAGGCACUACGACCCUAAUCUCAUUCUGAACCCCUACAAGUAUCUUCCCUAG